AUGGAACAAGACCCUUUUCUUAUCGUUAAAAGCCAAGUGGAAGAAUCUCUUGUUAAUGCAAACAAUCUUUUCGAAUCAUGGAAACGUAUUCAACAAACAGUGUCUUCACCCAAAAACCAAGAGCUACUAUGGACAGCAGACGAACUGAACUCGGCUUUAGAAGCUAUUGAACAAGAUAUAGAAGACUUGGAGGAAGCUCUACAAGCAGCACAACAAAAUCCUCAACAAUUUAACCUAACAGCAAAAGAUAUGAAUGCUCGCAAGAAAUUUUUGAGCACUUCUCGUAACAAUAUUCAAGUGAUUCGCAAUACAUUAGCAAACCCACCUAGCAAAAAGCAAUACUCUCCAUCGAAUAAUCAGUCACCCAAUGGUGGUAGCUCUUACCAAACAGCACGGCAAAACGAUAAUAGCAUAUUUAUUGAAAACGAACAGCAACAACAAAUGAUGAUUAUGCAAGAUCAAGAUCAACAUUUGGAUGCGAUGGGAGGCACAUUGGUUAAUUUGAAGGAAAUUGCAGGCACAAUGAACAGAGAGAUUGAUGACCAAGUUAUUUUAUUGGAUGAUUUGGGAGAUCAUGUAGAUCGUUCAGAAGGAAAGCUAAAGAACGCAAUGCGCAGAGUCACCGACAUUUUGAAGAAGGAAGAAGAGUCGAAAUCUGGCUAUUGUAUAUGUUGCCUUAUCAUUGUGCUGAUCAUAUUGCUGGCGCUUGUGAUAAUCAUGUAG